AUGUUGUUAAAACAGGCAAAAAAAACUCAGAAGAGAAAGGUAGAAACUUUCGAGAGUAUCGCUUUUCCUUUAAUGGAAUUAGAUCAAUUACCUCUACCUUUUUAUGAAACCAAGACCGAAGUGUUUUCUUUGGACCAGGUUGAAUUUUCGGAAGUAUCUGACAGCUUCUCCAAAGAAUUUGAAAGUAUUAUAGAAGAGGUUUUUUCAGAUAAAUACGAACAGUACACCUAUGACCAAACAUCUUCGGUUUAUGAACAAGCUACACUGGACGAAAAAAACAACCGCGAUAUUAAUGAGCAAGAAAUGGAAGAACAUAUACCAAUAGAAAAUUUGCCUCAAAGCCCUCUGUUUAAUUGUGAACUCGAAGAAAAUUCUUUUUUGGCUGAUUAUUAUAGGGAAGAUAGCCUCCCCACUGAACAAACUGAUAUAGGAUCUUUUUCAAGAGAGCAUUCAACCAAUGAUUACAAGAAAAUAGCCACCCCUGAAGUCGUUACUAAGAGAGUUUUAAAAGGUGAUUUGACCAAAGAGCCUGUAUUAGAGAUCGCUGACGACAAUAAUAAUAUUGGUGAAAAUGAAGAAAAAAAUGAAGAUAAAUCAACAAAAGUGUCAAAAAGUUGGAAACGUUAUAUAAACUUGUUAGAAAAAUACCCCAUUUACACGAAGGAUGAUAUCUUAAAACAAGAAUUGGCUUUGCAAAAGCUCAAGGAGAGAAUCUACAGUGAAAAAAUUUCAAAAGGAACAAGAGUGGCCAAAAACUCUUUUUUAACCUUAGUAGUCGGUCCCUAUUAUUUGGGGAAGUUCGGAUAUAAGCUUUGUCUCAGAAAUCUGGCUAAAUUCUCAAUUGCACAUCUUGAAGAAUUUAAAGACGUUGAUUAUCAGGAGCUUCUCAAAUAUGCAAAACUUCAAUCUUUGAACUUAAAGGAAGAUGAUUUGUCAUUACAUGAUAAGCAUUAUAAAAAAUGGUUGGAGACAGAUGGCUCCGUGACGCAAAUUCCAUCAAUUUGUUACAGAAAUCUAGGAAAUGAUACCGGUUCUUUAUUCCCUGCCUCUACCAAUUACCCCAAAACUUAUUCUACUCAUAGUAGAAAGACUUAUUGA